AUGGGGGAUCCAGGGCAGCCCCCUGGCCCCCGGUCCUCCCACGGCAGACUCCCAACUCUAAGCACACUCAUUCUCCUGCUGCUUCUGUGUGGACAUGCUCACUCUCAAUGCAAGAUCCUCCGUUGCAACGCCGAGUACGUGUCAUCCACCCUGGGCCUAAGAAGUGCGGGAUCCCCAGGGGCGCACCGAGGAGGAGGAGGAGGAGGAGGAGGAGCCGGGGGAGGCGCGGCGGCCUCGGGCGCCCUCUGCCGAGCCCUCCGCUCCUACGCGCUCUGCACGCGGCGCACGGCGCGCACCUGCCGCGGGGACCUGGCCUUCCACUCCGCCGUGCACGGCAUCGAGGACCUGAUGAUCCAGCACAACUGCUCGCGCCAGGGCCCCACGGCCCCGCCCCCGCCCCGGGGCCCCGGCCUGCCCGGCUCCGCCUCCGACCCGGCGCAGCCCGCCGCCGACCCCUGCGACUUCGAGAAGCGCUUCGCGCGGCUGCACGGGCGGCGCCCGGGCUUCCUGCACUGCGCCGCCUUCGGGGACCCGCACGUGCGCAGCUUCCACCACCACUUCCACACGUGCCGCGUCCAGGGAGCGUGGCCCCUGCUGGACAACGACUUCCUCUUCGUCCAGGCCACCAGCUCCCCCGUGGCAUCGGAGGCCACCAACGCCACCACCACGCGGAAGCUCACCAUCAUAUUUAAGAACAUGCAGGAAUGCAUUGAUCAGCGGGUCUACCAGGCCGAGGUGGACAAUCUUCCCGCGGCCUUCGAAGACGGUUCUGUCAACGGAGGGGACCGACCCGGGGGCUCGAGUUUAUCCAUUCAGACUGCCCACCCGGGGAGCCAUGUGGAGAUCCGGGCCGCCUACAUUGGCACGACGAUCAUCAUCCGGCAGACGGCGGGGCAGCUGUCCUUCUCCAUCAAGGUGGCGGAGGACGUGGCGAGGGCCUUUUCGGCCGAGCAGGACUUGCAGCUGUGCGUCGGCGGAUGCCCCCCGAGCCAGCGCCUCUCGCGCUCCGAGCGCAACCGCCGGGGGGCCAUGACGGUGGACACCGCCAGGCAGCUGUGCAAAGAAGGGCUGCCGGUGGAAGACGCCUACUUCCAGUCCUGCGUCUUUGAUGUUUCCAUCUCCGGUGACCCCAACUUCACCGUGGCCGCGCGGGCGGCUCUGGAGGACGCUCGGGCCUUCCUGCCGGACUUGGAGAAGUUGCAUCUCUUCCCGCCAGAUGCAGGGUGCGCGCUGUGCGCACCGACCUCUGUAGCCGCGCUUCUUUCUGGCCUUUUGGUUCUGUGGCUCUGCAUCAUUCAGUAG